AUGGCUGCGAAUUGGGCAAAUCAUAAUCGAAAUGUUACAGAAGGUUUACAAGCACUUUUACAAGAAUAUGAUGAAGGUGGGGGAAGUGGAGUAUACGAUAUGGCCACUCUCAGAGCAACGUUCGCGAAUUGGAUUCCAUUUGAACAUGAACACUUUCUCAGACACUUCUCGAUUUUUGCAACGGAAGCAGUGGCUCUGGACCUCAGGGCAAACAGAUUUUGCUACCCUAUCGGAGGGAUACCGCCAGAUCCUAGCGUCCCAAUCAAAGACUCCCCGCCAUACAUUCAACCAACACAGCUGUUACAGAAUGUCGAGCAAAUUGGACGUCCGAGACGGAAUGGACCAGAAGAGGCAGGAAAUGGCAAUGGAGUCGAUAGACGUCAAGAUACGAAUCGAGAAGAAGGAGAAGGACGUAAUCAAAAUGAAGGAGAGAGAGGAGAAAAUAGGAUUCAAGAAGAAGGUAGUAGAAGAGGAGAGGAAGAUAGAAGGAGAAAAAGAAACACGCAAGAUAGAGAAGACGAUUCAUCAUCAGACGAAUUUCAGAACGAGUCUUCAAAGAGCAAGAACAACCAUGUAUGGUCAUUUAUCAAGAACAAGAAACCAGAAGAACACCCUCUAUCACAAGAAGCGAUUGACAUCAAUAAAGCCAUCAAAGAAUACAGAGACAAUAACCUUUUCAAUGCAGUUUUCAACUUUGUUUGGUAUUCAGGAAAAUCUCACAACUUUCCCGACGCUCUUGUUCAAGACUUACUACAGUAUAAAUUCAUCGACCUUGAAAAGAUCAACGCAGGCCCAACCACGCAAAACUUCAGCCUGGCAUCAAGAUCUAAAGAUACGGAUCCAGCAGCAAAAAUCAAACCAAAACCUUUCACAGAGGCAACAGAAUGGAGAGAUGCUAUUUCAUACUUGGUUGAUACUCUCAGCCUGGCUUUCGGUAACUGGCGAGAUGUUAUUCCAUACGACAUCGCUCUGCGCCAAGCUUUUGCUACAAGAAGACACCUAUCGUUUGCGGAUUUCGCAAGCGACGAGUUAUCACACCUCAAACAUCUCGCGUUGGCAGACAGAAAACAACACAAGGAAAGUCAUAGCCAACCUAGGAGUUCGAACUAUACGCAGUCACAAUCCUCAAGGAUUCCAUCUUCUAGAUCUAGACCAGAAAAGAAACCACGAGUCGAUCAUCCAUGGGCUGGAAAAGUCAAAGAUACGAGAAAUCUUCCACAGAACCAACAGCUAUGUGGAGGUUGGAACCUCAAUAAGUGUCUCAGCGAGAAAUGCCCAAGUGGAAGAGUCCACAACAUGUGCGAUUAUGUGGACUGUUACGAGUCUCAUAAGCGGAUCUCUCAUUCAGCUUGA